AUGCCGGAUAUUCCGAAAUGUGAUGGGACGACGAACCCACAGGAGCACGUGACCUCGUACACUUGUGCCAUAAAAGGCAGCGAUGUCGAAGAGGAUGAAAUCGAGUCGGUGUUGUUGAAAAAGUUUGGUGAAACACUAUCCAAAGGGGCAUUGACCUGGUACGACCAUCUGCCCGAGCAUUCCAUCACUUCUUUUAAGAUGCUCGCAGAUACGUUUAUCAAAGCCCAUGCCGGGGCCAAGAAGGUUCCAAAAGAACGAAUAGAGAUCCCUUCGGUCCUAGAAGAAUGGGCGGAUCCAGCUUUCACUAAGGGACUCAAUCCCCGAAGCUCAACUGCCUCGUUUAAAUUAAAGGAGAACUUAUUGGAAUACGAGGCAGUAACUUGGGCCGAUGUCCAUAACAGGUACGAAUCCAAGAUUCGAGUAGAGGAUGAUCAACUUGAACUUGCCCCCGGUCCGAUAAGUGGAAGUAAGAAUUUUGAGAGAUUGAGGAGGAAUUAUGAACCGGAGAAAAGGCCAUCAAGGGAUAGGUAUCGACCGUAUUCUCAACCGGAGAAAUCCAGCUUUAGGUCGGAUAAGGGAAAAAGCGGCCCUAGUCAUCUAUCGAAUAGAGGUGAUAAGCGAGCUGAUCGUGGAUCAAACAGUCGAGGUUUGCUGUUUAGAGGUGAUGCUAGUAGUUCAGUCAACAAUAGGGACAUUCCGAGAUUAUCAGAGUACAACUUCAAUAUUAACACCAUAGAUCUUGUUUCAGCAAUUAGCCAUAUCAAGGAUGCCAGGUGGCUGAGGCCAUUAAGAUCAGAUCUGGCUCAAAGAAAUCCAAGCGUGAUGUAUGAGUAUCAUAGUACUCAUGGCCAUAGAACCAAAGACUGUCGCCAAUUGAGAGAAGAAGUGGCUCGAUUGUUAAAGAACGGUCACCUUCGUGAAUUCCUGAGUGAGCGAGCCAAAGGCCACUAUAAAGGUAGGGAAAAUCACAAGCAAGUCGAGCCCGUGGAGCCACAACACGUGAUCAAUAUGAUAAUUGGUGGAACGGAUACACCACGAGGACCGAUGGUGAAAAGAAUAAAGGUUUCAAUCGUACGUGAGAAGCGGACCAGGGAUUUUGUGCCGGAGGGAUCUAUUUCCUUCAAUGAUGAGGAGGCAGAAGGUAGUUCGGCCAACAUUAUCCGAUGGAGAGUAGUUGAACAACUGAGGUUGCUAGAUCAAAUUCUUCCGAUAGCUCGGGUUCACAGCGGUUUCAAUAAGGCAAGCGAAACUACUAAGCGAGAAAUCUCUUUGCCGGUCAACAUCGACGGAACUAUUCAGCAAACUGUGUUCUAUGUCAUCGAAGGAAAGAUGAAAUAUAAUGCAUUACGUGGCAGACCAUGGAUUCAUCGCAUGAGG